GAACGUCAGGGGAGGUGGUAGUAAAUUUAAAGUCUGGCGGCAGUCACUGCAAAGUCAGUCGCGCUUUCCCUUUACUUAUCUUACAGUCUUAAGAGGUACGGAAAAUGGUUCGGACUAAAGCAGACAGCGCUCCUGCAAGUUACAGAAAAGCUGUUGCAGCAACAGCGCCUAGAAAAUCUUUGGGAGCUUCUAGCUCCGCCAACAGCUCUGCGGGUUCAGCCAGUGGCACUCCAUCAAAAAAUAAAUAUGCUGGUGGUAAUCCAGUGUGUCCACGGCCCACUCCUACUUGGCAGAAAGGGAUUGGUGACUUUUUUGGUGGCCCUGGCAGGAAGCCAGAAAAGGAAAAUAAGCUUCCUUCCGAUGAGGAGGAAGAGGAAGCUGGAGGAAGUGGCAUUGGCAAAGCACCUAGAAAAGCACGGCAGUUAUCUGAUGAUGAAGAUGACUGACUGUUUACAGUGAGGUGUGACCUACAGAGACCUUUUUAAUUUAGUGUACAUCUUUUGUAUAUAGUGGUUUUAAUA